AUGUCCACUGCUUUCACCAAAAUCGAAAACUCUGGCGACUUAUUGUCUGACACCUGUCUGCAUCGACAAGACGAUGACACUGCUAUCACCACCACCACAACCGCUCCAACUCGUCAAUCUGUCUAUCUGCCAUCUGUAGGCACACAUGCUCUAGUCCUCCUUCUCCUUCUCCUCCUCCUUCUCCUCCUCCUCCUCUUCCGCCUCCUUCGAUUAUUCUUCUGGAUCCCUAUUUUCAUGGCUUCAGUACAGCUAUUCAGUUCACCCUGUUCAAGCGUGGUGACCCCUCACUGUCCCCAGACAGAAGCUUCCACCUCCGCGACAGCAACCGGAAACACGUCAACAACAAGUCCAUUGCAGACAUUUGAAAGCACCAAUGGAGAUACACCACCGACACCCUCAAAAACACCUACAUUUGCUUCCAGUAAAUUGGAGGAGUCGUCAGUACAACCACCGCCUCCACCAACACAACUUCCACCAUCGGUUUCCGUGUCCUCAACCGAAAUCGCGAUGCCUCCAAGUGUGACCAAUCGCAGUAACCACAGCAACAGUAGUGGACAAUCCCCACUUAAAUUGGAUAUUUCACGUCAAUCUUAUGCCAGUGAUGUGCACGCCUUUCAGAGACCGGAGGAACAGUUUGGCAGUGAUCUCAAAAAGGACACUGAAGCAUUGCACAAUCAUCCCCUCUUCCCCCUUCUGGCGCUGAUCUUCGAAAAAUGUCAGUUGGCCACCUGCACGCCUCGUGAUAGCAGCCUUCGAAAUGGUGGAAUGGACAUCUCCUCAUCGGAAUCCUUUCAGGAGGACAUUGCUGUCUUCACAAAAGAGGUCUGUUGUUUUAAAGUCCACCUCCUCUUUCUCCUCCUCCCAAUCAAUCUCAUAUUCAUCGUUAUUAUUUUCUCUGUGGGUGCAGUUUAA